AUGGCCCCUCACCACCGGGCCCUUCUCAUUCUCUGGAGCUUAGCCGUCUGGUUAGUUCUCGUCACUAGCCAACCCCAGGACACCGUCAGCUACUUUGACAAUCGCCCCGCCCGACUCUUCUUCUUUGAUGACGCCUCGAGCGCGAUAUAUCAUGACUCCAAUAACGGCGAGCUCUAUGUGUCUUCAGACGAGGGCAAAACAUGGGAAAGGGCAAACGGCGUGAGCGAGCCCAUCUCCAUGGUCAUCCCCCACCCGUUCGACAACACCCUGGCGUUUGCAUUGUCGCGAGGCAAGAAGCACUUCCGCACCCAGGACCGCGGCAAGACAUGGCGCUCCUUCGACAUGCCCCUGGCACCCGCACUUGUCGGCCAGCCUCUCUCCUUUCACUCGGAACCCAAGAAGUUCGGCCACAUCCUCUACCAAGGCACGACGUGCGACGGGUCGGGCGGGUGGGGCCAAAUUUGCUAUGACGAGACAUACUAUACAUUAGAUGCGUUCGGCGGUGGCCCAACAAAACUGCUCAUGGCGGACUCCGCCCGCUGUCAGUUUGCGCACAGCAGCAAGGAGUUCAAGCACAGCGCGCAUGAGGACCUCAUCUACUGUGUCGCGUACGAAACGUCGUCCACGGGCAACCACCACUCUGUCUCCGCCAGCCGCGUCUUUUCGUCGACCGACUUCUUCGCUUCAGAGAAGACCGUCGAAGACUUCGGUAUCGGGAGCAAGAACACGCGCGGCGUCGUCGCGUUCGCGAUCGUGUCCAAGUUUGCAGUUGUGGCGAUGAAGGACCUUGCAGAGGGGUCGAAUGGUGAUAUGCUCUUGUACGUCACCGUGGACACCAAGACGUGGGCGAAAGCGACGUUCCCGCACUCCUCUUCCGCGCGCCUGCGGGAGAACGCGUACACCAUUGUCGAGUCUACCACGCACUCCCUGGGCGUCGACGUCCUCGACCACCAGCGCAGCGCCAUCGGCACGCUCUUCGUCAGCAACUCCAACGGCACGUUCUUCGUGGAGUCGCUCAAGGACACCAAUCGCAACGAACUCGGCUUUGUCGACUUCGAGACUAUCUACGGCGUCGAAGGUGUCGGGCUUGCGAACGUCGUGCGUAACGCGCAGGAAGUCGAAACGCGCCGCGCUGCGAAGCAGUUGCAGACGCGCAUCACAUUCGACGACGGCCGUAGUUGGUCGCGCCUGAAGCCUCCCGCAGCGGACAGUGAAGGACGCCCGUUCAGCUGCGGGCCCAAUGACGGGUCGUGCGGGCUCCAUCUGCACUCGGUGACGCUGCCGCACAACUUCGGACGGGUCUUCUCCUCACCCGCCCCAGGGUUUGUGAUGGGAGUCGGCUCCGUGGGCGACUACCUUCUCCCGUACGAAGACUGCGACACGUUCCUGAGCUCAGACGGAGGUAUCACUUGGAGCAUGGUCCACAAGGAUGCGCACCUGUACGAGUUCGGCGAUCAGGGCAGCAUUCUCGUCAUCGCAAAUGAUGAGGAGAGCUCUACAGCGGUUAGCUAUUCCACCGAUUUCGGUAGGACUUGGCGCGAGUACAACCACGGAGUUGCCAUGCGUGCUCGCAUCCUCACUACCGUUGGCGACUCUACUUCGCAAAAGUUCCUUCUCAUCGGCCAAGUCCCCCGCAGCGAAGCGAAGGACGGGAAGCAAUACGCGUCGGUCUUCUUGGACUUCGCCACCCUGCAACGGAACAAGUGCAGAGACAGCGACUUCGAAGAGUGGACGGCGCGUUCAGCGACACAUGAAUGCCUCAUGGGUCACAAGCAGUCUUACCGCCGUCGAAAGCAAGACGCCGACUGCUUCGUCGGGGAGAAGUUCAGAGACCCUGUUCCCGUCGAGACCAGCUGUCCUUGUACGGACGAGGACUUUGAGUGCGACUUCAAUUUCAUCUCGGAUGGGUCAAAGUGUGUGCCUGCAGGACCAGAACCCGUGCCUUCCGGCGUCUGUCUUGAGCUCCAUGAUAAAUAUAUGGGCUCGUCUGGGUAUAGCCUUAUUCCUGGCAACACUUGUUCCCGCGAACGCGGCAAAAACAAGGAUGCAAAGGUCGAGAAGUCUUGUGAGAAUGCUCGGCCGGACGAAGGGAAGAUCAUCCACAACGAAUUCUCAUUCCCUGCUCCCAUCGUACAGUACGCGUAUUUUCAGAAGUCAACCGUGAUCCUCGUCCGGCUGUCCGAUGGAAGCAUAUACCAGUCUCCGAACGAAGGUUAUACCUGGAAUCCCGUCGUUCCUACAGAGAAGUUCGUCGCCUUCUACCAUCACACCUUCUCACACGAUCGCGCCUACCUCAUCUCGACCUCAAAACGCUUCUACUACACUACAGACACCGGCCGACAGUGGUUACCGAUGGACACCCCCUCCGUACCCAACACCUUCGGUCUUCCUGUUCUCCACUUCCACCCGCAGAAGUCCGACUACAUCAUCUGGACGGGCAACGAAGGAUGUGAGGGCUUCGGAGAGAACUGCCACGUAGAAGUUCACUAUUCCCUCAAGAACGGACGGGAUUGGACGGAGGUCGGCAAGUAUAUGCGCAACUGCGCGUGGGCGCGUGACCAAGAACUGCUUGUGGACCCGAACCAGAUCAUCUGCGAGUCAUACAGGGACAAGCGUGGUAGCCAGCGCUUCUUCAACAUGGAGAACCCGCUCGAGCUCAUAAGCGGCUCCGACUUCUUCAACAAGCAAAGGAAGCUGUUCAACCACGUGGUCGGGUUCGCAAAGUUCUCGGAGUUCCUCAUCGUCGCGGAAUAUCAGGCGUCGCAGCAGACUCUGGACCUCCAAGUGUCUCUGGAUGGACGCGUUUUCGCGCCGGGCGAGUUCCCACCUACGAUGCGCCCUGACCAACAUGCCUACACCAUCCUCGAAUCCAGCACGAAGUCAGUCUUCCUGCACGUCACCACGUCAGAGCCGCCGGCGCCCUACUGGGGUAACAUCCUGAAGUCGAACUCCAACGGCACCUACUACGGACUAUCGGUCGACAAUGUGAACAGGAAUGAUGCUGGAUACGUCGACUUCGAGAAGAUGGUUGGUCUCGACGGGAUCGCGCUCGUCAACGUCGUCGGGAACCCCCAUGAGGCACCACUCACUGGUCGCAAGCUGCUCCAGACUCGGAUCACACACAACGAUGGCGGCACUUGGCGCCCGCUCCCUCCACCCCUGACAGACUCGCACGGCAACAAAUACGAGUGCGACACAACUGCUUGCGCCCUCCACAUUCACGGCUACACGGAGCGCUACGACGCCCGGGCUACCUACAGCACACCAGCUGUUCCAGGUCUGCUCAUGGCCGUCGGGAGCGUCGGCGAGUCCCUCGACGCGUACGACCAGAGCGACACCUUCCUCAGCCGCGACGCCGGGUUCACCUGGGAGGAGAUCCACAAGGACGCCCACUUGUGGGAGUUCGGCGACUCGGGGUCGAUCCUCAUCAUCGCGAACGACGAAGGCCCAACCGACCACAUCCUCUUCAGCACCGACGAGGGAAAGAGCUGGCGGGAGUACAAGUUCACGGACCAGCCGAUGCGCGUCAAGUCGAUCGUCACUGUACCCGAGGACACCAGCCGGCGCUUCAUCCUCUUUGGCUUCUUCCCUCGAACAAAGAACGCUGCGGUCGCGAUUCACCUGGACUUCACUUCGCUCACUUUCACCAAAUGUGACUUUGACCCCGAUCAUCCGAACAACGACGACUUCGAGCUCUGGAGUCCCAGCGAGGGGCGUACUGAACAGUGUCUGUUCGGCCGACAGGUUCUUUUCCACCGUCGCAGACGUGAGAGACAAUGCAUCGUAGGUGAUCAACCCAAGCUUGUGCCGCAGGAAAGCAAGAGUUGCCAGUGCACCGAAGUCGACUUCGAGUGCGAGUUCAACUACGUCAGGGUCGACGACAAGUGCGUCCUCCUUCCCGGUCUGAAGCCACGCGACCCCGACAUGGACGCGCAGUGCCGCGGGGACGCGACGGAGUGGUACGACCUCACCGAGUACCGCAAGAUCCCGUACUCGUCCUGCGAGGGCGGACGGCGCAUCGACCGCGGGACGGCGCACGCCUGCCCGGGCAUUAAGGGCCACGGCUUCUUCUUCUGGCUGAUGAUGCUCUUCAUCGCCGGCUCCUUCGCCCUUCUCAUGGGCGCGUGGUGGCGCAAACGCUCGCAGCGCGGCGCGAUCCGCCUGCCCGGCGGGGACGCGGGUCGGGGCUUCGGCGGGGACUCUGGCGUGCUCGACACGCUCGCGAGCGUGCCCUGGUUCCUCGUAGGAAUCUCGGGCAUCGCGUACGAGUGGGUCGCCGAGCGCGUCGAGAGCGCGUUCGUGCAGAUGCGCGGGCGGAGAGGGUACGGGUACCGCAACGUCGCGGUGGACGAGGACGCACAGAUCCUGCGUUUCGAGGAUGAGGAGUAG